ACACGUCAGUUUUGUUAUCAAUUUGCAAAAAAUGCAGCGCUACUUGUUGUUAGCCUUUUUACUGUUAAUUGUGCCCAUAAGGGACACGCUUUGUGAACAGACGCCGGAGGAGGAACAGGGCGUGCGUUAUGCCAAUCGCUGCGAGGCCUGCAAAAUCCUGGCCACAGAGCUGGAGGCACGCUUGGGCGAAACCGGCAAAUCGCACGAUGUCAUUGAGACGGGCUACUCCGUGGAUGAUGUGCGGCCCAAGAAGCGCACCGAGUAUAGGCGCAGUGAACUGCGCUUGCUAGAGUCGCUGGAGAAUGUGUGCGAGCGUGUGCUGGAGUAUAAUCUACACAAGGAGCGCACGGACAGCACAAGAUUCGCCAAGGGCAUGUCGCAAACAUUCCAAACACUGCACGGCUUGGUUGACAAGGGCGUCAAGGUAGAUCUGGGCAUUCCUAUGGAGCUGUGGGACAAGCCGCCAGUUGAAGUGACGCAAAUGAAGACGCAAUGUGAGAACAUGCUGGAGGAAUAUGAAGACGCCAUAAGCAACUGGUACUUUAAGCUGCAGGAGGAUAAGAGCUUAACGCAACAUCUAUGCGAGGAGCAUGUGCUCAAGAAGAAGGAGGAACGCGAAUGCCUAAGUGAGCAGCUGCCAGCGACAAAGCCAAAAAAGCAAAAGAAGGCUAAAGGUGAUAACGAGGAACUUUAGGAGCAAUUCUCACACUCAAUGAAUUUAAGUAACCAUGUUUAGUUUAAGUUAAAAAGUUCAUGUUUGUAUUAGCUGCCAAGCGACUGAAACAUCUUGUAGGCAAUUCCA